CAUGUUGGUAGAUCAAUUUAAUUUAUUGUCAAUAGGAAAUAAAUUUAUAUUAGCUGUAAAUGAGAGUUAUAUAUCUGAUGAUUUGCAAAUUACCUUAAAAGAAAAGGACAUUGUGGCUGUUAUCCCACCAAUAAGUGGAGGUUAAAAGAAAUGACUGAUUUAAAAAUUCUGAAUUCUGAACUGGACAUUGGCUCUGCUAUGAAUUCUGUCAACUUGCCGCAAUGUGGAGCUAUAUCAAUAUUUGUUGGAACAACUAGAGAACACUUUAAUGGGAAUAAAGUAAAAACAUUAUAUUAUGAAGCUUAUGAGUCAAUGGCAUUGAAUCAAAUGAAAAGUAUCACUGUGUUGACUAGAAAAAAAUGGCCUGAAGUUGUGAACAUUGCAAUACAUCACAGGAUUGGCGAAGUAAAAGUAGGAGAAGCUGGUGUAGUGAUUGCCGCAUCAUCUCCUCAUCGCAAACACGCUCAAGAAGCCGUAUCAUUUAUACUUGACAGACUAAAAACUACAGUUCCCAUUUUUAAAAAAGAACAGUACGAAGACGGCAGUGGAGUAUGGAAAGCUAAUGAAGAAUGUGCCUGGAAAAGUAACAAUAAUGUAUCAAAUUGUUAAAUGUUAAAUAAAAUUAAUUGGACUUUAUCUUA